AAACUGGUAGUUUCGCCAAGUGGAAUGGAUCAGUAGGUGGAGUGGAGAAGGGAGGUGCAGGAGGGGGAAGGGGGAGAAAGACGAUCUUUAAAAAGCAGAUCAAAACAGGUGACACAUCUCAUUCUAGAGGAAAUCACACACAUACACAUACAGUGUUUGGACCAUGACUUCCACCAUGUCGAGAGAUUUUCUGCCCACAGGUGGCAGGAUCUUUACUUCCAUUCCUGACCUGUUUUUCAUCCCUGAAUUUGUGUUCGGGGGUUUGGUGUGGAUGCUGGUGGCAUCGGCUGAACUCGUCGUGUUUCCCAACCCUCUGGGCUGGGUGAUGUUCGUGUCUGUCUUCUGCUUCGUAGUGACGACACUCUGGUUCUUCAUCUUCCUCUGCGGAGCCAAUCAGAGCGGCAUCUGGCCCUCCCUGGAUGUGGGUUAUCAUUUUGUAGCGGUGGUUUUCUACCUCAGUGCAUCGGUGAUUCUAGCUUACGUCACCCUUCUGAGAGCAACGAUUCAGUUCCUUCAGUAUGGUCUAAAAACAUAUCGACUGGACAUUGCUGCAGUGGUGAUGUCCUAUGUGGCCACUAUUCUCUACUUCAUCCAUGCCAUUUUCUCUGCCAUCCGAUGGAAGAGGUCCUAAUAGGACAAAACACAAACCAAGAACAAGACGACCAAAAUACAAACAAACCAAAUAAACAGCUGACUUGUCAUUUGACUAAACACAGAAUGACAUUUUGUGUUUUCAUUCUUUUUAUUUCUGUCAGCAAGAGUAACUUGCUGAUUAGCAAUAGUGCCAAAGUGAUUGAAUGAGUGAAAAUACAAGGAAGGUAUUGAUAAAUGUUACUUGUUUAUUGUUGUUGGUGGCUUCACUGUACAUGUAAAAUCAAAAAAAGUAAAUAAAAAUUAAAUAAAAUUUGUAAACAUGUA